GCCGAGAGUCCUGCUGCAAUGGAGGAUUUGUCUCUCUGGAAGCAUGAGAAUCGUGUGGAAUCUCUGCCAACAAAGGACCCAGUUCUUGCAGUAUUUGGCCAGAAAGCUACUCAAGUUGAUGAACCUGAACCACAGGUGGACGUUAGUCUAGGUGCUUCUGGUCCUGCCUUAGUUGGAGAAGAUUUUACAAUGCCUAUUGUCGUAACUUCAAAGGGUCAUGCCGUAUACAAUGGUGAAUUGAAGAUUAAUUUAGUUGAUGUGGGUGGUGGUGGUUUGUUUAGCCCAAGAGAAACAGAACCGUUUUCUCUAGAAAGCCAUCAUGUUGAAAUCUGUGGAAUUGAUGGGGCAGAGGGCAACGAUGAAUCUGAAUCUGAAACAGGAAACAUAAAGAAAAUUCAGCAAUCUUUUGGGCUGGUUUCUGUUCCAGACCUGAAGGAAGGGGAAUCAUGGACGUG